AUGUUGGGACCAAACGCAGUGUGUAGUCGGAUAUUUUUGGCUCUUUUGAUACUAACUCUGAGUUAUUUUGCCUACAUGAACUACAUACUAUUUAUUAGAGUCCGUGAUUAUCCUAUACGAAGAGAAACUAACGUUACUUCCGGCCUGCCGGAAUACAAGUCCCGAAUAUCUUGCGACAUAAAUCCGAUCUGCGAUGUGACGGUAAAGGGUAUGAUGAUGGACAACCCGAAUCAUUACUUGCUGACUCCAUUGGCGACGAUAACUGAUCGUGCAUUAGGAAUAAGUGAUCAAUCUUGGAUAUCGCCAAACGCGAUAAGUGCAUUUCACGUAUUAGUUGCAAUGGCAGCUGGAAAAUGUGUGUCUAGUGAUUCGUUGUCAGAAAGACGUUUCGGGGUUGUUUUAUUCAUGAUAAGAUCAUGGCUCGACGAUUUGGACGGUCACGUAGCUCGCCAGAGGAAAAACAUAAGAGGUGAACAUUCGGAGUUCGGUUCACUGGGUUACUGGAUAGAUGGAUUAUGCGAUUUUCUCGGUGUAACAUUUCUUCUGAUAGGAAUAUAUUACUUCAUGAAAACCAAUCCGCCAAGACGCGGUUACCAAAAGCUUUUACCGACUCAAGAAUCUGGCAAAGAAUUCAAAACGGGGAUAGUCUAUAAAAAGAAAAUACUAUCCGGAAGAGAAGCGCCCAAAACGUUAUUAUUUAUUAUUGGACAGCUGAUCCUCAGUAGCGCCGGAUGGAACCGAUACAUUUCACUUUAUCAAGAUCUACUCGAAUCGGAAAUUUCAUCCACCGUUCAAUUAUCGAACGAAAAUUCUAUACAGACAAUCGUAUUUCGUAGUGCUUCUUUUUGGGCUAUAACAUUAUCAUGGACAAUAGUUAAUUUUCACGCUAUAACCGAUUACCUGUUAUUGGCAAUAUUUACCGAUCGUUUAUGGGAAUAUUUUCGAUCAGUUCGUUACGUGGGUUAUAUUUUUUUAAUAAUUGUUAUCGGCGCAUCGGAAUUUCACUAUAGAAAUGUCUAUGCAUGUGUUCUGGAUUCAACGAUAACUCCGUCAGUCUCCGUAUCCGAAACGAUCAAUUAUCGACGAGAUUUAUCGUUUAUUCUUAGCAACCAAAAUUACGAAACACUCGCAUGACAUCCCAUCUAUAAAUUUUCUCAUAUUUUCACUGAAAAAUUGAUAAUUUCCCGGUACCGAUCGUUACUUCGAUUUCCUCUACUUUUGUAACAGCACUCUCCAUAUUUCUUAUUCAUCCCGCAGAGAUAAAAUAUUUAUAAUAUUCCAAUACGUAACUGAAAUUUUCCGCGAAAAAUAGAAAAGUUUUUAUUUCUCAUCUAGUUUUUUCAUUCAUGAUCUUUGAUGCGUAUAUAUUAUAUGUAUAGGUUUAUAAUAAAACGAGAUUCCUGAAACUCCGUGCACAUGGGAAAUUGAUAAAAUCAGAAAAAGGAUAAUUUUGAAAGAAAGGAGCAACUGCGCCCGGUUAUAAAUUUCAUAUACCAAAGUCAAUUUCUUACUAUCUAUAAACAGUAAAUGAUAUAAAACGAAAAAAGGAACAGAAAAAUAACAAAUCCCGGUUUUUUAUAUUGCAUGUGUAGCUGUGUCGGUAGACCAGAGUGUAUAAUGUAGAUACAGCGUCCUAAUUUUCGGUUUCAUCUUUCGACGUGACGUAAUCUUAUCUCAACAAAUUCGUAUAUCAGUUGGGAUCUCGGGUUCCAACUUUGGUAAGGUAAUAUCGAACGAAUGAAAACUAGAAACACUAACUUAUAAAUAUUUACACGAAAACUCGAGGGGACCGAUAAACCAUAAUCAUUUUCUAAGGUGCGAUCAUAGCUAUGGUGCAAGUAUCGUCGGUAAUUCAUUCUACCUCUUACUCCCGAUAAUAUCAAACUUGGUAAAUAACUACGCAUAGAAAUUUCGGCUACAGCGUUAUCAGAAACUGUUCCGUCCAUUCCCAUUACUUAUGCAAUGACAAUUAUAUCGGUGAUGGUGCUACAUGAGGGCCGGAACUCCACCGAGGGCCGAAUAGUCGUUUCAAACUGACCGACUUUAUAGCCAACAUAUCUGAUCGCGUAUCAUGUACUGAUACACUAUGCCGUAUAUCGGUUAUCUCAUGUAGAUUCUACCGGUUUUCGGUCUAAUUUUGAAAUAGGUUUCCAAAAUCAUCCAACAAGAUAUUAGGAAUCAAAUUCGGACCGGACCUAUUUUUAAAUCUGAACAGGGAAACGAAAAAUAUCAGCUUCGGACUGCGCUCGUUGUACCAGAGAAAUAUCGUUAAUUAGAAACUAUGUAGGGUGAUCCAAGAAGCGAAAAAAAGCUAAUAAAAAAGAAUGUGUGUAACAUAAACGAUGAUGUAAUGAUCAUAAUUCAGGUAUAAAAUUACGUACAAAUUAACUGUAAUAGAUUCUUUCACGUUAAUGAGUAAUAUAGAAGAGAAAAAGCUAAAUAAAAAGAAGAUAGAUAUAAAAAGAAUUUCAGAACUAAAAAAAAAAACCAGUCAGUAAAUUUAUAAGGCAAAAUUGAAACAGUAUUUACACCACUAUACGUACUACGUGCGUCUACGUUAUAUGUACAAGAAUAAUGGGUAUACAUAUAAGUUUAUUUAUAGCGUGUAUUAGGUGCAUAGAUGCGACAGACGGACGUAGCAGUAUGCAUAUAUGAGUAUUAUGUAUAGAAAACGUGCGUCAUGUAUGGGAAAUCCAACGCUAUCAAAAAUAUGAUAUAAAAAUAAUACACGAAUCGAUCGAUUAUGAAGAAUAUCAUCACGUUCGCGAUAUGAUUAUAAAUUUUGAAGCGCAAGAUCGGAGAAUUGCGUAUAGAUAUAUCAGGUAUCACCGCUCUAGUACGUUUCAUUUGGAUUAGUGAGUAAUUUGUUUCAUUUAAUUUUAGCAUGUACGAUAUUUAAGUUGUAUAAAAUUCGAUUCGAUGUUCUCGAAUUCCUUGAAUAAUAUUAUCCUACGUAUAAACGUACUUAGUUUUUUUUUUUUGAACUAACCGACAAAUAUGUACAUAAACAUAAACUAAGCUAAGAAUAGUAGGAAAAAGUAAAUAAUUCUUUAAACAUUCCGCACAAAGUAUUUUUCGAAUAAAUUUUAAUACCCGGUUAUACACAUAUAACUACAUUUAGUGUAAUUAUAUGUAAAACAAUAAUUGACCGAAAAUAAAAAUCAAAAAUAUUACAACA